GAGCUCGAGCAAAUCAAGCACUCGAGCUUCUCCAUAGAGAUCGAUCUUAAUCAAGAUAUUCGGUACACUUGUACACAGAAGAAGGGGAGCUUAGUCGAGGAUGUUUCGCCGCAGCGGUGGCGGAAGGGGGAGGAGCAAGACCGCGGAGGCGAGCAGCACGGGCAAAGAGGUGCCCGUGGACGGGGCAGUGAGGGUGAAGAAAGUGGAGCGGAUCCACGCUUACAACGUCGUGUCCCGGCCGUCGGCGGUGUACCGGGCCACCUCGCCGCCGCCGGCUGCGGAGAACCUGGCCGUCAGCGUUGUCCGGGUGGGCGAUGUAGUGGCGGAAGACGAGGCGGUGCGGGUGAGGAAAGUGGAGCGGAUCCACGCCUACAACGUCGUCUCCCGGCCGUCGUCGGUGUACCGGGCCGCAUCGCCGGCAGCCACGGCGGAGAACCUGGCCGUCAGCGUUGUCCGGGUGGGGGACGUCGUGGUGGAAGGCGAACACGAAAGCUUCGUCUCGGUGCCCAUCGCCUAGUAGGAACGACUGAUACUCUGAAUGGACCGUCGGUAAUGUAGAACAGCGAUGGGCCGUCGGUGAUGUAGAACCGCGACAACAGAUGGAUCAGUCAUUAAUAAACCCUCUGUCAACUAUUUCUAGGCUCACUUAUGUCAAGUCUGCUCCGUGUCCAAACAACAGUUUAUAAGAGGAAUAAAAACUAACUGUAACCACAGUUUUUUUUAGUAAUA